GCCAUCUUGAAUGGGUCAACCCGCUGCCUAGUGCAUUACACCUGAUGGAAAAUUCAUGCAAACGUGUAGCAAAUUUGAGCGGUGAUGGCUCAGUGGAUGACACUAAAAACAUCAUAUUUGAUAUUCCAUGUUUGAUUUUAAGUGGUAGGCAGAUUUUUUUCCUCUGUUAUACAAGAAACACACUUUUUAACACAUGACAUUUAACUUGCCACUGAUUAUAUCUACUAUCAGAAAUGUUUCUGCUGGACUCAGAUUAACAUUUUAUUUCUCAAAAAGUAAAUAUCUUAUCCAUUUAGCUUAUAACUCUCAAACCACUCUAACACUGCAUCACUCUGGACUAGAACCAGCAACCCUCCAGACUGAGAUACAACUGGAACUAUUGAUUGAAUUUAUUUCAGACAUUCAAAUACAAAUUAACAUGUGAAAAAUACAAAACAAAAAGAAAAGCACAAAUAUUGAAUAAAUUAACUUCCUGUGUUUCUCAUCUUUUUAUAUAUCUAUCUAUAUACAAUUUUCUUUAUGACACUAUAUUUGAUAUUUACAAUCCAUACUAGGGGUGUAAAAAAAAAACGAUACGUAUCGAUAUCCGUUUUUAGCUUGUAAGAUACGACUACAUCGAUGCGUGAAGUCCCGCAUCGGUUUUAAAAUGACACGAAUCGGUUGGUGCCCCGAUUUAAAAGCUAUGAACCGAUUCACAAGUGUUUUUCUCUACGUUAAGUUGCUAUCCGAAACCCUCACUCACUGACUUGGUGCAUUUGAGCUCAGUCACAACAAUGACAGCCUGUCAUUGGCCAAAGCCCGCAUACUAUAAGCCUAUCAGGCGUGCCGCUAUCCCUUUGAAUAACGCAACGUAUGUUGACAUUAAGUCUGUAGUGAAAUGAUGUCUGACCACAGCGAACCCAUUUUCAAUGCGCCAUCGACCCUCCGAUCAAAAGUUUGGAAGACAUUUGGCUUCUUCAAAAAAGAAGGUAAACUUGAUAAAAGUGAAGCCGUAUGUAAAAUAUGUAGGGCAGCAAUUAAGUACACUGGCAGUACUACAAAUCUCAGCACACACAUCUCGAGACGCCAUGCCAGUGAUGUUGAACUUGAUGCCAGCACUGCAUCGACCAGCAGCAGCACCAGCAGCACUAUAACUCAGUUUCUCACUCAAUCACAACUGAGUUACAAUUCAGCGAGGGCUAAGUCAAUAACGAUGCGUGUGGCUCGUUUCAUCGCCAUGGACCUAAGGCCAUACAGCGUCGUUGAAAAUGACGGAUUUCGCGAACUGCUUAGAGAAUUAGAGCCGAGGUACAAGAUACCAAGCAGACAGCAUUUCAGCGAAACGUGCAUACCCGAGCUGUACAAAAAAACUAAAACUGACCUUAAGGCUAAGCUCUCAAGUGCAGAACGAGUGGCAAUAACUACCGAUGCCUGGACAUCACGUGCAACGGAUUCAUACAUUACGAUAACCGUGCAUUAUGUUAAUCUGGAUUGGGAGUUGGCAAGCUAUGUUUUACAGACGAGAGUCUUCAAUGAGUCACACACGGGGAAAAACAUCGGGGCUUUAUUGAAAGAGGCAUGUCUUGAGUGGAACAUAGAGGAUAAAGACCCAGCACUGGUGACCGACAACGCGAGAAACAUGGUUGUGGCGGGAGUAGAGGCCGAGAUGUCCCCUCACCUUUUUUGCUUUGCGCACACAUUAAAUCUGGCUGCCCAGAAGGCCUUGCAUGUGACCACUGCUACGAAGGUGCUUGGGAAAGUGAGGAGGGUGGUUGGAUUUUUCCACCGUAACAUAGCGGGUGCUGAACUACUGCGACAAAAACAACAGCAAAUGGCAUUGCCCUCCCACAAGCUCAUCAAUGACGUUACUACCCGGUGGAACAGUUCCCACGACAUGCUCGAACGUUUUUUGGAGCAACAAUCGGCAGUUUUUGCCACACUCAUGUCAAGGGAGCUCAGAAAAGGAGAAGAUGUAAGCGCUCUUACUGAAGGAGACCUCUGCAAUGCUGAGGACAUGGUGAAAGUGAUGGCACCUGUCAAAGUUAUCACCACAGUUAUGUGCGAAGAUGAGCAGCCCACAAUUUCGUUGAUUGCCCCCUUCAAAGCAAAACUAAAGAAUCACUUUGAGGCCACUACUGAGGACACAGGGCUCAUUAAGGAUAUGAAGAAGGUGUUCCUCGAAGAUUUUGUUAAGCGGUACACAAACAUUGAAGACCUGUUGUGUACUGCAUCAGCUUUGGAUCCACGCUUCAAAACCCUGCCUUUCCUCAGUGACCGUGAGACCGAGAGGAUCUUCUUGUCCAUUACAGAUGAAGCUACAAACCUGCAUGAUAAGGUAAGCUAAAGCUACCCCUCCCCUUUACAAAUUAACUGUCUAAAUACACAAUAUUUUUUGCAUUAUUGUUAUAGUAUUGUCUAUUCUUUCCUCUCGUCAUAUUGUUGAGUGUCAGUCAAUGAUGGGCUACUGCAUUGAACUAGACAACUAGUUAAUCCAAAAUGUUUGUUUUCUGUGAUGAUAAACAUCUACCUAGUCAGUGGUUACUCAUCAAUAAUCAUCCCUGUUAUUUUGUACUAUUACUACUAGAAAGUAGAGGAGAGCCAUCCCAGUCCGAGUGAUAUUCAAGAGCCAGAUCAGAGAGACCCAACAUCCGUCCAGUCCAGCCCAGUCCAGGUCCAUGAAGAACCAAGAGGUGAUUGUCCUCCUUGUAAAAAGAGGAAAAGUACAGCACUGGACCAGCUGUUUGGAGAAACAUAUGUGGUAAGACCAUCAAGAAGCUCCAGGGAGAAGGUCAGCGAGGAAAUCCUGAGGUACAGAGAGAGAAACCUUUUGCCCCUGAAUGGCAAUCCACUGGAGUGGUGGAGAGCACAGGUCGACUUACCAUUGUUGUCAGAUAUUGCAAAAAGAUACCUCUGCAUACCAGCUACAAGUGUAGCAUCAGAAAGAGUUUUCAGUACCGCAGGAGAUAUUGUUUCCUCUCAACGCAGUGUACUUAGGGGUGACCAUGCCGAUCAAUUGAUUUUUCUCAAGAAGAAUCUUAAAAAACUCGAGCACAAAUGAAUUAUUAGGAGGUAGCUAAAGGAUAUCAGCAUACACUAAAUGUCCUACAAGAAUUGUAUUAGUUCUACUUAUAUAUAUUUUUUUUCUCCUUAUGCUGUGUUUGGCAGCAAUUUGUGCCAUUACAUUAAAGUAAUAAUCUAGGCCAGGAUGGCGGUUUUGGUUUAAACAAAAUUAGAUAUUUCCUAUUGCUGCUUCUUACAGUUCACAGCUUUACUUCGUGUUUGCAGUGAUAUUUCCUAUUUUCUUACAGUUCGCAGCUCUAUUUGUGUUCUCAGUGAAAGGUUGCACAUGUAUUAAUUGGUAUAAUGAUACCUUAUCUUGAGUCUGUAUGAUUUGCAGAGGCACUUAAUUUGCAGAAGCAUUUAUUCUAAAUAUGAGAAAAGGCCAAGGUCUAGCUCUGUUUUAUUUUAUUUUUGUAUUGUCAUCCAUCAACAAGGGACUUCUUUGGGUAUAGAAAAUAUAUUUUAUUUUACUAUUUUAUUUAAUAUUUAAAUAUAAUUUUUUUGUAUUUCCUUAUGGUGUAUUUAUUUGGCUGCAAUGUGUGCCAUUACUGAAAUGUAUUUUUUUUUUGUAUAUGUGAGACAAACUACAUACAGACUAAUUUCACAAUAAAAUGUUUGUUCAUAUUCAUUGAACAAAUGAAAAGAACUCUUUCAGAAUAUUUUCAAUUAUUGAACUGCAUCGAAUCGCAUCGCAUCGCAUCGCAUCGAAUCGCACUGAAUCGUUUUUUAACAACAUGCAUCUUUUCUUAUAUCGUAUCGUGACCAUGUAUCGAGAUACGAAUCGGAUCGUUUUUUUCAUGAGAGAUUUACACCCC